AUAUUCUAGAAAGAGAUGCUCUCAAGGAGUAAUUGCAGAGAGAGAAGCGUAGAGAUUAAUUACCUUCAUUGUUGGUGGUUGGGGGGUAUUUAUAGCCCCAACUACUGACAUGUAUUCCUACGUGUAAGUAACUCACUGGCCCACGUGGGUAUGUCUCCUCAUCUUGGGUCUGCAUGUGCAUAGUUGGGCCUGUUAUAUGUGGCCCGAAUUGGGCGUUGGGCCUAAUCCCAACAUUACUCCCCCCCCAGCGUUCGGUUGACGAACUGGAUGGGGGUCUAGUUAGCAUGGUGCUUGGCCCUAAAGAUGAGGAGGGAUACUUUGCGUUCAUGAACGACCUCACGCAUAGACGGCCUGAUCGGCUUGAAGACCUCGUGCCUGAUCAGAUGUGCCAGUGUAUGCCGAACCUUAUUCCGAGCAAGCGUGAGGAGUUGGUUUUACGACCGGCUGAGCUCGGUGCUAGUCAGAGAUUUGAGCAGGGGUGCAAGAGUGACCGAGCUGGGAUGAGCAGUUGCAGAAACGCUCCAGAGUGUUCCUCAGAAUUUUCAGCAAAAGGACAUUCGACUUCCAUUAUUCAGGUAAAAAUGACUUCUUCGCACGAUGCACAAGGAUUCCGGGGUAACCAAGGUGAAGACAAGGACGUAGACGUGAUAUCCGUGGAGCCUAUCACCAUGAUAGUGCCGCCGGAGUUGCAUGAUUCGCCUAGAACCGCCAUGCCUGAGAAUAGCACUAGUUCGAGCACGAGUAGCGGCUCUGAGAACCACCAGCCUUCAACUUCUAGUGAUUCGCCUGUGGAAGGGACAUCUGGUGAAGUAAGGGGUGUUGAAGAGGUUGGGUGCAGUGUGCCGUCGGCGAGUACGGCAGUUGAGGUGGUUUUAUUUGAACGGUGGGAGAGCCAGGUUCUCAGCGGGCGACUAGAUAAUCUCCGUAAAGCUCCCAAAACCCUACCGGCCGGAUUUAGGUUCAGGGCGGUUCUGCACCACGAAGUUGCAGACGAGGCGGCCACGGUGAAAGGGUACAAGAAGCUAGAGCAGAUGGUGAGGCGAUUCCAGAUCCCCAGAACCAUCCUGAUCCGAGCUGGUACGCCAAAUGAAAGGGCGUGCUCAGUAUCACGGACGGGCUGGGUGCCAGUAUACGUAGACCAUUUUGAGGCCGGUCUACGUUUUCCUCUGCCCGGGCUAAUUUUUGAUGUCCUGGCAGAGUACGAGCUGGCCCUUUCGCAACUCACUCCCAACAGCAUAAAGUUUAUCAUUGGGUUUAUGCUGUUGUGUGAAAGGCUGGGAAUGCCUACCAAAGCGGUGGUUUUCAGGUCGCUCUUCCUGUGCCGCCUGUGCCCGUCUACGAGUGGGACGAGGUGGUACUACAUCUCAGGAAGAGAGAAAAUGAUGAUCUUCACCAACAUUAGGAACAAGGUGGCGAGAUGGAAGAGGCAGUUCGUUUUCGUGCGCGAUACACGGACUGAAAGGAUGAAUAACGAGCUCGCCGCCCGUCUGUCUGAAUGGCGUACACCGAACACGUACAUGAACUACCCUCAGCUGACCGUUGGUGACACCGACCUGAAGAACCGACUGCUCGAUCACGUGAAGGCAAGGGGUUUGGUGGAUCUGGAGGCCUUGGUUACCCCGGACCAGAUCGCACUUCUUGGGUUUGUCGAUGCGGCAAACCUGUACGGAGAAGGAGAAAUGAGCAGCAUCUUAGAGAGGCAAAGACUACGAGCUCAAGCCUCAAGGGGCCGGGGGUCUGGCUCCCAACGCCAGUCCCGCUUUGACGAGCGGCCACCUGCUGUACCAGGGCGCAGCUCGCAGCACAGAAGCUCCAGCUCGGCACAGAGGUUGCGUGUCGAGCAAAGAAUCGAGUCUGUGCCUUCCGGCUCCAGAAGGCGUUCAAGGGAAGAUGCGGAUGCUGAUACAGAGGAUGAUGUGCCUCUCAUACGGCGUAGGACGAGCAGCGGCUCGCAGCCCGUCCCGGCCGUUGCUGCAAGACCCUCCAACGCGCCCCAAGCGCCAGCUCGUGAAGUCACCGAGCAAGUACCAGCCUCGUCGUCUGUAGCGGGGCCUAGGAUUGCAUACCCCGACGGCUUCAGUUACGUGCGAACUGAAUGCCAUGCUGCUAUGCUGCAGGGUAUGCAGAACUUCGUGCCUCCUGCAGACCGGCUGCGUGCGAAGGGGCACAUUCAGCAGCAUGGGGGUCAUGCUGCGUUGAUCAAGCUGAUGGAUGCGUUCAGCUACACUGUCGCGCUGUUUGAGUGCGAGCAGGGAGCCCGGGCGCAGAACAACGAGCUCCAGAAAAGCUGCAAACAACUGGCCACUGAAAAAGCCAACUUGACUGACGAGGUCAGUCGUUUGCAGAGCUCGGAGAUGGCAGACCGAGCGACGUCAGCUGAAAGCCAAGCUGACGAGCUGGCCCGUAAGAUUGACGAGCUGAAGGAGGAGCUCGUGAGGGCCCGAGUGGAGAGGGAGAGCGGCAUCCAAGCCGCGAAGGAAGAGGCCGAUCGUGCAGAGGACCGUGCCAAAAGGGCCGAGGCUGAGAGGGAAAAGACUCUGCACGACCUGAACACCAUGGCAGAGAGGGUCUCCCAAGCUGACCAACACGUCGCCCGAGCUGAGGCGUCCUUGGAAGAGUGCAAGAGGCUCCAUCAGCGGGACCUCUGCUUCGCCCGUACACAAGGCGCUGAAUGGCUGGUUGGAGCAGAGAUGUUCCAGGACGCCGUGGCAGUUGCCUCUGCCAACACGACCACGGACAUCUUCAAUGAGGUUCGUGGAAAGGUGCUGCGAGUCCGGGCUGACUUUCCCAUCGGCGAGCUGGCCUUCUUCGAGGGUGAAGAUAUUAACGAGGAAGGAAGGAGUCUCGCCCAGCCCGCUGACACUCAGGUGAAGCUGAAGUGGGAGCUGAACGAAGAGGGGCUACCCGUGUGGCCCCCUUCUGUCGUAGAGGAGGGAGAGGACACAGAGGGGUUACCAAGCUUCGAUGCUUGGGUGGCGAGCCCCCAUGACGUGCCUGCUGAGGCCUUCAGCACCCCCCUUCUGCUCCUUCAGCUCCCGCUCCGGCUGCUACUGCUGCUGCUGCUCGCUCUCCAACGCUCUCUCCACCAGGUCGGUCACCUCUAGCUCGAUCUGCCGCUGUACCUAAUGACGCAUCCAUCCCCGUCGACCUGACGGACGACUAGCUUAGGAUUUUUCGUUCUUUUUUGGUAGUUUCUUUUUUAUAUUCUUGUGUUAAUCAAUGAAUUUAUUUAUC